CCCUCGCAAUUUCUAUGUCCCCCCAGCGCUCUUACUCACUGGUGGGGCAGCAGCAGGAGCAGAGAAGUCCUUGGGGCUCUGUGUGCACGGCUCAGCCAAGAUCAGACACUCCUGGGUCAUCAGCACUGCUUUCAGCACAGCUCCAAAACAGUCCCGCCCUGGCUCCUAUAGACAAAAUGACCUCUAUCCCAGUCAAACCAGUACAGGACUCCAGGGAACCUGGAAGGUGGGGAACAGUGCAAGGUGCUGGGGAAAGCAGACGCAGGGAGCUUGGGGUGGGCAGCUGAGGUCAUGGUGUGUCCAUGGGUAUGGGGACACGGAGGGGACGGCAAUUGUCCUGUGUUUAAUUUGUCGGCACAAAGAGGCGGCUCAGCCGGCAGUGAGAGCCUUCCCAAGGGCCAAGGGCUAAGGGGGAAGAGGCAGUGGGACCCUCGUGUUACCCCUUCACGCCGCUCACCCAAAUGCACCGGACGCGUGCUGCCCGCCCCGGCUGUGCCUCCUCCGCCCCCUGCCCGCCCCGCAGCUGAACUCCCGGCCCCGGGCCCCUCGCCCCUCCGCAGCCCCGGCAGAUGCGAGCCAAGGCCCCGGAGCAGAUGGCAACAUUUGGUAGCCGAGCGGUCCCUGCCUGCGGGACUUUGCUGGGCUGUGAUGACCACCCCUCCAGGAAGCCCCCUCACCCAGCCAGGGCUGGGGAGCCCAUCCCAACUGCAAUGCCAGGGGUGCAGAGGGGAUCCCAGUGUGGGCACACUGCUCAUGCCAUGGGGGUGACAGGGUGGCAUGGAAAGAUCAGCAGCUCAGCAAAGCAGGGGUCUGUACUUAAGCUCAGCCCUAGUGAGACCCAUCCCCUAAUAUCUUCUUCCAUGUGUGAGAGUGGGGAUGCUCUGCCUGGGUAGGAGGUGGCUGCUGCUCCAUUGCUGGGGGACAAGGGGACCCCCUCACUCCAGGGACUGCUGGCCACCCUAUUUGACAGGGUGUGACCCCCAGACUUGGGGACCUGCUGGCAGCUCUCAGCCUGGACUCCGGCAGCCCCAACCUUAUUUGCAUUCCAUUUCCAUGUGAAAGGAGCAGGUCAAGUUGAAAGUGGAAAGGCUGGUGGGGGGCAGCGGGGAAGGGGCCUCUGCCGGAGGUGAGACCCCAACAAAAGGGCCGGAUCCCCAGGGCCCAGCGCUUGCCUGGCCAUGGGCUGCGGCCACGGCCCCACGGCAGCCGCCAUCUGCGGGUCUGUGCUGCCGCCACCACCGGCCAGACAAAGGCCUCGUGCCCAGCAUGUCCCCAUCUGUCACCUCCCUGGCUCCCGGAUCCCUGAGCACAGACCGAGUGUGAACAUCCGGGUGCAAGCAGCAUCAUUCCCUCUGCCCACAGGGAAUGGGGUGAUGCUGGGUGCAGUGGGUGCCUCCCCAUUCUGUCCCCAUGUCCCUUCUGGAGCAGAUCUGUAGAGCUCUUGCUGGGGAAACUGAGUCAGGAGCAGGUGGUGGCUUAUCCUGGGUCUGGGCAUGGCAACAGGCUGGAAUAAAACACUGGGAGUUAACACCCAAGAUGAAGGGGCUGGGGACCUCAGCUCUGGGGGUGCCCACACAGCCGAGCCUGAGCCCUGCGGCUUGGCAGGUGUUGCCAGGCACCCGUAGCUGCCUCCACCCAGCACUUCCAGGGGGAAUUGGCUGCUGAGUGUGUUUUCUGCUCAUUGGCAGCUUAAUUUAGCAUCCAGGAGGUCCUGGCAGUGGCACGAGGGUGUCUGUAGAAGGUGAGAGCAAAGGCACUGCCAGCACCUCCUUGUCCCUCUGUUCACAAACACAGUCCAUGUUCCUGGGGCAGAGUGGGGAUGCUGCACCGGGUGCUGGGGGGGCAUUCCUGCAGGAGGCUGCCCUCCCAGGGCAUGUCCCGGGAUGCUCCUGGGCAGGGCGAGGCUUGGGGCGCUGCCUGCAUCCAACGCCCCGCUCCAACGGGCCAGACGUGCCCGAGCAGCUCCUGCACCUCCUGCCUGCGCCUCGGCACCCGUGGGGGGACGCAGCCUGGGGCUCUGCCCUCGCCCACCAGCUGGGAUUUUCUAGCUGAGCCCGUUGUGUGAAUCUGGGCUCGGGGCAGCCCUCUGGCUCCCAGACUGUUUCCCUUCUCCCUCCACCAGCUCCUUGUCUUGCUCCAGGAGCCGUUUGAACAAUGCAAGGCUGUAACUGAGCUCCACAACAUGAGCCAAAUGCUCGUUCCCUCUGUGCAGAGCUGAACAGAGAUGCCUGGACCAUGGGGCAAGAGCCACCCCGGGGCUGGGUUCAGGCCAGCAGGUCCAGGUGGCUGCAGGCUUGGUGACCCUGUUCCAGUCUGUCACCUCUCCUGCUAUCCAGUUUAUUUUCCUAUGUUUUGGAGUUUAUUGCUACUGGGUGAAUGGGGAAACAAGAUGAGAUUUCCAAAUGAGAGCGGGCCCUGCCAACUAACCGUACCAGUGAUAUGAGGGAAUCUGGGUGCCCACAGCAAGGCUGGGAAUUUCCCCCGUAUCCCUGAAGCCCUAACCCAGCAGCAGCACCCUCUGCCCACAGCGAGCAGUGACAUCCAGAAGCAUUUUGGAUUUGUCACUGUGAGCACCUCGGGCCGUGUGUGCACCCAGGCUGCCCAGCCGGCACCGCGGGCUGAACCGGCACCCGGGACGUCACCGGGCACCGGCGCGCUGCGUGACGCAGCCUGGCACGGAGGAGGAAUGCCCUGUGCUUUCCAUCCCUUGGGAGCGCUGAUUUGCCUCGGAGGGCGUCCUCGCCCGGCGCUGACUCAGCCGCAGCAGAACCGCUCCAGCACCCUCCAGCCGCCGUCAGCGGGGAGACGGGGAGGACGGGGCUGGGGAGCAGGAGGGUGGGGACAGCAGGACACCAUCGGGACACCCUCGGAAAGACAGCACGGAGAAGGAGGUGGCAGCUGAUCCGGCCGACAAGGCUCCCACGCCGCAGGGCCAAUCCAGCCCACGGCGCCUGAGCCCCUCGCUGCCCGUGGCGGCCGCUCCGCCGUGUCCCGGUGCCGGCACGGAGGAUGCCCGUCGAGGCGCUGCAAGCCGGUGACACCAUGAAGGGGGUGACGGUGACGGCGCCUUUCACCUCGGCCAUGCCCGUCCGUAUCCUCCGCAAAGGGCCCGCGUAUUUCCGCCGGCACGCCGAGCCGGGGGCCGGGAAGCCCAGCGCGGUGGAGAGGCUGGAGGCCGACAAGGCCAAGUACGUGAAGAGCCAGAAGGUCGUCAGCACCAGGCAGGAGCCGGUGAGGCCACUGCUGCUCAAGCAGCCUCUUUUCACCCCCGGGGUGCGCCGGGCUGUGCUCACCCCCAGCCGCAGGGCACCCCCGGGGCCGCGCCGCGCCGAUGCUGCCAGCCCGAAGACCUCCCUUGACCUGGAGAUCCUCAACAACCUCAUCAACCUCUGUGACAGCCCCUUCCCUAAGGCGGAGAGCCCGCUGGGCAGGGAGUGCAGGUGGCGGGCGGAAGCUCCAGCGGUGGAGGGGGCUGUGAAGCCACCGGAGAGCCCGGCCACCCCCAAGCCCCCCGGCAACGUGGCCGUGCGCAGGGUGGAUGUCCGUCCCUGUGGAGCUCCGCGGAGCCCGGUGACACCGCUGCCCGCAUCCCCCAUCCCCGGUGGGCUGCCUGUGACCCCGUCCCGGAGCUCGCCCGCUCGCCCGGAGAGCGCCCGCCGGCAGCCGCUGCUGCACCGCUCCAAGUCGGACCUGAGCGAUCGCCUCUCGCGGGCCACCGCCGACCUGGAGCGCUUCUUCAACUACUGCGGCCUCGACCCCGAGGAGAUGCAGGACAUGGGGGCCGAGCGCUUCGCCCGCGCCAGCUCGGACAUCGUGUCCCUCAAGUUCCACAGCGUGAGCACGGCCAGCUCGGAGGGCGGCCGCUCGCCGCCCAGCGCCGCCACGCCGGAGGGGCGGCCGGCCGAGAGGGUGCCCUACGGCAUCUCCAUCAUCGAGCGCAACGCCCGCGUCAUCAAGUGGCUCUACGGGCUGCGCCAGGCCAGGGAGCCCCAGCAGGUCUCCGAUGUGUAGCAGUGCCGUGGUGGGCACCGGGGAUGGGUCACUCGUACGUGGGCACUGCUGGGGACAAAGCGCUGGCUGUGCCCUGGGAGGAGCAGGGACCUCUUGGUGGUGCCACAGCAUCACUGGCCUGAUGUGGCCAGGGAUCCAUGGUCAGACCCCUGUGCCAGCACUGGAGAACCAGGUCCCCCAAGCCCAUGGGAAGGCAGAGGACACAUGUCCCUGGGUGUGGGGCUGGUCCUCAACACCCACAGGGCCUCAAGUGUGGCUGCCCUGCCUGUCCUGCUGGCAGCUCCUGCCUGUCCUGCUCCUCACCAACAUCCCAGGGUGGGGUGCAAGGGGCUGGGUCCCCCUGCACGAGCAGGGACACUGUACCCGUGAAGGAGCUGCCUCUUGCAGCCUCCAUGGAAGGGGUCCCACUGCCUGGGGUGGUGGCCGCAUCCUGGUGGUCCCAUCUUAUAGCUGAAGAAAAGCCUGGUGCUUUGAGGGGUGAGGGGCAAACCUGACCCCCUGCUUCAAGCUGCCCAGGGCUGUGUGUCUGUGUGAGUGUCUGCAGGUGCCUGUGUUCCCCUUCCCGGCUGCCAGUGGGCAAGAAGCCCCCACCAUGCUGGGCCUGGUAUUUAUGAAGACAACAGUUCCUCUUUUCUACUCUUUUCCUUAUGUUUGAUCUGUAAAUAAUAAUAAUAAUUAUGAUGCAGCCAGUUUUAUUAAA